AAAUAAUUUGCAAUGGAUUAUGCAAGUGUAAUCGACCAAGCUGUGAAGCAGUUCUACGCGGAGGGAAAUAACGACGUUCACUCAUGGUUGCUUAAAGUUCAGACUUCUCCAGAAGCCUGGACUUUUGUUUGGGAUCUUCUUCAUUCCUCUAAGUCAAGAGAAGCACAGUUUUAUGCGGCUACCACGUUACAUGCUAAAAUUUCCAAGCAAUGGGAUGAAGUGCCCAAGAGUGAAUAUCCUGUUCUACAGGAGCGUUUAAUAAACUUUAUGAAGCAGCCAGACAUGCCAAAGGUUGUUCUGUCUAAACUUUGUCAAGCGUUAGCUGGAUACGUAGCAAAUGUUAGUAUAGUUGCAGAUAAUGAUAAUAAAGAUAAAAAUGUUGUAGAGGAAUUGACACGGAUGUUGUCUUAUGAUUCUCUUCCUAUGUUGGAACUGUUGUUACGCACGCUUUCUGUGUUACCUGUAGAGUUUGAAAGAAGACAUGACGUAAGAAGAGCCAAAUUACACAAAUGUAUAAUAAAUAGCUGGUAUAAGACAACCUGGCUGUUAGAAGAAGUUUUUUCCAUGACUAAUCUAAAUUCUGAAUACGUUAAUAAAGAUAUGCACUUACUAGCUAUGGAAUGUGCAUUAUCCUGGCUUAAAGUUGGCCAACUUCCUCUCGAGGCAACAGGGCAAAUAUACCCCCAUUUAUUAACAGCUGCAGCAUAUUAUGCACCAGCCAGGACAAUGCAUGGCGAAAAUCCCAGAGGUUGGGAAGUAGUUCAAGAAUGCUUAAAUAUGAUAGUAACCCAUAGUGAACUUGUAAAGAGACCACAAACAUUGUGGGAAUGGGCACAUAGUUUGGUAACCAUGGCAAGACAAUACAGUGACAAAUAUUUUUGUGAAAUUUUAACUGCAAUUGGAGAGGCUCACAGUAGAACAUUUUUAAAUGCUUUAGUGGAAGAAGGAAAUGAUACGCAGAAAUGGACAGUCGAAGGUUUAAUUGAAUUACUUUUACAAUGUUCAGAACAAGAGGGAAGAUAUCCCACGAAUGAAACUCGCAGUUCUAUCCCAUUUGGGUUCUGGUACGCUUUGCAGGAUUAUCUCCCUACUCUCGAUCAACCUUACGAGAGUCGUGCUUUGCUGAUUCUAAAACCCAUUUACGCAAGAUUAGCUCAAGCAUUAUUAAGAAAGUCGACACUUCCCUUGACUCACAACGAAGCAGGAGAUGUAGAUGAAAGAGAACUUUUCAGGUGUUACAGACAAGAUGUGGCAGAUGCUUUAGAUUAUUGUUAUAGAGUAUUAGGACAAGAUUUACUAGUGCUUCUCGGACAGAGAUUAAGUCAGACGUUAAACAGUUCACAGAAGUGGACAGAAGUAGAGUCAACGUUGCACGCUUUUGAGGCUGUAGCCGAUAGCGUUGGUAUUGAGGAAUCCCACUACAUUCCCGCUUUAAUGGAUUUGGUUCUUAGUCAUAUCCCAUAUGAUCAUUAUCCUGGAGAGGUACUCGCAUGUGCGUGUUCAACAAUGGGAGCAUAUGCAGAAUGGAUCGGAGAACAUCCGGAUCCUUGGCUAGAGAGAGUGCUUCGAAUUGUAACUUUAGGUUUGACAAGAGGCUCAGUAACGGCACCUUUUGCUACUAUGGCUUUGAAAGAUUUAGCUAGAGAAUGUGAACAGCAACUCACACCUUUUGCUCCAUCUAUUCUCAACACUAUCGAACAAACUCUUCCAAACGUUACUCCGGGAUGCGCAGAAGGUUUACGAAUGAUGUAUGCAGCUGGCAAGUUGCUAAAUACCUUGCCCUCUGUUGACGAACAAUUAGCUCAUCUGGAUGCUACACUAGGAUUAUGUAUAAUAAAAAUUCGAGAAUUACUACAACAACCUUGGUUCAUGGCACGUGGUGCAGUAAUGAAUCAAUUAAAAAUGGCCACCAUGUUCUUUUCUACAUUAGAAGGAUCUAUUGGAAAGGCUGUAUUAGAUGGACUGUUACCGAUAUUCAGUCAAAUCGUUGCUCAUCCCGAGUGGGGACAGGACAAUUUCACACUAGAAGAGAUGUAUAUCUGCGCCCAAAAGUCCCUAAUGUCAUUGUUGCAUCCUGAGGAAGAUGCUCGACCUCUACUUCCCAUUCUGGCAAACUCGUACAAGAAUUGGCCUCAUCCCGCAGCUUUAAAUCUUCUUCGACAACUCGUCCUAUUAUUUGGACGAGAUCCGAAUAACGUAAUAGGUCCCGUUUUCGCGGACAUAAGUUCUAUUACGCUAAGUGGCGUCAGGGCCUGCAGAUCCGUAAAUGGAAAUUUAUCCGAUUGGGCAGAAUUAAUGGAAGCAUAUCUUGGGUUGUUGGCUCAAAUUUGCAAAAAGAAUACCAGGCUAUUGUUACAGAUUCCUGAACAAAUUCCUGAAAUGUUGCAAUGUGGAAUCGACUGUUUAACGUUACCAGAAUCGGGCACAGUUAAGGCGGCCGGACAUUUCCUCACACAUGCUAUUAUGCAAAGUCCGCACCUACAGACGUUCGUUCAACCAAUUGGUCAACAGUUAGUUUACGUAAUUUUACAGUGUGUAGGAGGACAAGUACCACGGAGAUACCUAGAACCUCACGCGGAAGUUUUGUUGACAUUGAAUAAAACAUGCAUAGAAUGGACAGCACAGUGGCUUCGUGUCGCCUUUGAAAAACAUGGUGCCUUAUUCAAAAUUUCGCAAACACAAAAGGAGAAUUUCAUUAAAAAUAUCCUCCGAGAACGAACGAAUAAACGGAUGUGCGAUUUAUUGCAAGAUUUUAGCCUGCAAAAUUUACCUUCUGCGACUAAUUGGAGUGUAAUGACGCGUAAGCAAUAAAAGCAAAAGGGAAAGUAACGAAAAGUAAUUAAUCAUGCUCGAUUGAGUAAAUGCUAUUAUAAUCUGUGUAUUAUAUCUUUUACCGCGAAUGGUAAUGUUUAUCUUUUAUAUAACAAGCAAUUUUAAAUAAAAAUUAUGCAUAUA